AUGAAAUGCAAUGAAGGUGAAUUAAUAAAAGAAGAUGUCCCCCUUAAUCCAAGCCAAGAACAACAAGAUUUAGUAGCCUUAUUGUUUCCUUUAAUAAGCGAGGGUCAGUUAAAUGUUUGGGAAAAUCCCAACAUAAAUCAACUGAAUAAGAAUGGACUGACACACGAUAAUGUACCUGUUGAAGAAUCACAAGUUUUGCUCGAAUUGGUAGACGUAAAUGUUCCUCAAACCAUACCAGAACAGGAAGAAACAAUUAUGGAUGAUGUUUCUGACCCAGAUAACACACAUAUUGCAUCAGAUUCUGAGGGUGAUGACAAUCCUACUGAAUCCGACAGGGAUGAUGCUUUAGAUCACCAGAAAACAAAACGUAUUCGCCCGAGCACUGAUAAAUUAGAAAGGGACAGAAAAAGUCAUCCAAUCCAGCAAUCCUGUGAAGGUAGCGGGUGUAAAAAGAAUUGUUCUCAGUACUUGUCACUAAAUCGACGCCAGGAGAUAUGGGAGUGA